AGCUACGGUUCGAACGUGCGUAUACCUCGAGAAAUAGGAGAGCACUGUUUAUAACAUCCAACAUGAGUAAAGUCGCUUGUGGUUUUGUACCAGAUACAGUAAAGCUAGUAAAGACCUUUGCAGAAAAAGAAAGCUUCGAUCUGAAAGAUUUUUCUGAAAUUUGGAACAAGCAAAAGUUUUCUUUGAUAUUCCUUGGACGACCUAAUGAAAAAGAAUUGUUAGAAUUUAUGAGACACACCUUUCGUGCAGCUCUGGAAUUAUUUUGCAAGUACACCGAAAAUAAAUAUGAGCAUGUGGGAUACCUGUAUGUGCUUCUUGGACUUGUUCGAUGCCAACCACCAAUAAUAAAACCACGUAUGAAGAUUCGUGUUACUUUGGAGCAUUUUGAAGUAAUUGAAAAAUUACGUGAUGAGGCAGAAGAAAACAAAAUUGUAGGUGCGCUCUAUGCCAUUAGAUAUUUGAUUCACAAUGGUUUUGACUUCGUUUGCGCCCCAACACUGAUGGGUCCUUCUCUUUCCGCUAGUGCCACAAAUGUUGAUUUAUCUACAGAACCACCACCAAAAGAAAUAGACGACUCCACUGAAAUGGCUUGUAAGUUCCAAGAAGAUAUAGAGACAUGCUUCCAGGAGCUGAAAAUAAUAAAGACAGAAUAUGAGAAAGAUUUGAGAAAAGCUAAUGUAAAGGGUACUCCAUAUGCGAUUAAAAAUAAUAUCCCGUUUCAAGCUUUGAUAGAUGUUCUUGAACCGUAUACACCUGGUUCCAGUAAUCGAGAUCAGAUAUCGUAUCUCUUGAAAAACAUUCCACUUGAUGAGCUUGAUAGUGGUUCUUAA